AUGUCUGAGCUUCACCCACCUAUUCUCAGAUUUGACAAGUUACCGGCUGAGCUCAUCUCGUUGAUCAUAUACUAUGCUCAGAUAGCCUGGCAUAACGAACACUUUGCGGCACAAGCUCCAUACGCGGCGGUGAAGCGCUACGAGGUGUCGCAACCUGCGUCUGCACCAUCCACUGUACUCCCAUGCUGUAACGGUGCACAAUGGGAUUUCAGUCGACCAAUUUGCAUACGCUCAGACUCUGGCAAGGCCCUCCCCCCUCACCUCCCUUCUCCUGCCCAUAGCACAUCGCUGGUCUCGAGAAGGUUACGCGGCGUCCUUCUUGAGGAUUCUAAGAUCUGGCAGCUGGAUAACACCCUAUACCCUGCGAUCGCGCGCCACUCUGGAGAACACCGUACCACCUUUCGUGGGCGGACUGUCAUAGAGUACGGAUCACGCAACCUCAUAGCGUUGGACGUCUGCGCGUGUCUUCUCCGCGGCCUCCGUUCCUUCUACUCUCGUCUCGUGAGGGUCAAGCUCAGGCUUCCGUCAUCAGGCGACCGAAGGUUGGCGACCGAGCUACGAAAAUUUGUUCGCGACAACAGGGGCCGCGCGAACAGCCCUCUGCUCAGCUUUGACCUCGAGGCUCUGGAUCCGGAUCCGCUCCACGCUCGGGAAGGCCGGCGUCGGUGUAUGACGGCCAUCGAGAGUGUAAACCUGCGCGAAUGCCGGGUUUCGAACUACCCCGUAUUCUACUUCUCAAAGACGCUGAUCUCCCUUUACCUGCAUCAAGGUCCUGGCACCUCCAUGGUCUUUGGAUCGUCGCUAUCCGUCGGUCUCUUAGCAUGCGCCGCCACCCUCGAGUAUCUGACGAUCGACAUCGCUGGAGGCUUCCUUGCCGAUAUCGAGGGCACCAUCACAUUUCUUCGACUGCGCUACUUCCGGCUUUGCAUGGAUCCCCUGUUUGGAGCCCUCCUGCUUGGCAGGCUUGUUCUACCCUACGCUCUCGACCUGCAUCUCGAGCAGGUCGAGUCCUGGAGAGAGCACUUCACAGCAAAGCACCCGGGAAUAUACGAGGUCCCUUUCUGGCCUUCAGAGCAUGCCCCGGAAUAUUUCGACUGUGAAUGGAGGCGGCCGCAGACGUUUGCUCAAGAUCUAGCUCAGCCCCAUUGCACCAGUAUGAUCCACUCCGCCCACCCCGCAAAUCACACGACGAACACCGCCGACCCGGCUGAGCCACUCUGGCAUCGCUCAACACGGGUGAUGGGGCUGGACGUACGAAUCGAUCCAAACACCCAGCCCUCCGAGCCGGCGGCGGCACGCUUCCCCGAGCUUGUCAGCGUCAGUGUGGCGGAGUCUGUGCAGGAACUGAGGCCGGUGCUGCAGGACCCGGUGGGCCGUGAUGCGGAAGGCAGUCAGGCGCUUGGUGACAAGCUCGCCGCUCGGCGAUCCCUCACGUUCAGAGACAAUCAGGUGCUCCGGCAAGACCGUGAGCGAGACUUCAAUGCCCAGUAUCCGAAGGCCUUGUACGACGCGAUUCAAUAUGUCCUGAGCCUUAUGCCCGACGCAUGGGCUUCCGCGUCCGAGCGCCGAGUGAAGGAGUUCGUCUUCGCUCGGGAUAGCUGGUUGCCGGAUCGCUCUCUAGGCUACCAGCACAUCCUAGGGAGAUUCACGGCUCUCACUGUGCUCCAUUUCGAGUGCCCUUUGCUCAGCGACGACGUCGAAUUCAAGCCAAACAUGGAAGGGUGCUUGGCGUUAGAGCAUCUUCAAGCGCUUGCGUGGGCCCUCGAUGCGCCGAGCACCGGCGGCGUUUAUCUCUGCCCGGCGCUGGAGAUAAUUCACCUUCAGGUGCCCACGGAUAGCUUGCUGGAUCCAGUGGGGCGGGACCGCUGGGAGUCGUCGGUCAAUUCACCAGAUCGCCUGGCUUUUGGCGCUCAAAGAAUUCGGCUCACCUCUAGUCAGGACUGA